AUGAAUAAUGCUAAGCCUAUGACUGUUUCGUUUGCUGCCUAUUUCAAGUUAUCUGCAGACAUGUCACCAAAAACAAAUGAGGGGAUGAAGCACAUGUCUAGUGUUCCCUAUUCAAGUGCUGUCGGUAGCAUCAUGUAUACUAUGGGUACUACAGAUGUUGGUCUGAUAUUUGACAAGACCAAGAUGAGUGAUUCAGCUGUUGGCUAUGUGGAUUCAAAUUUUGCAUGGGACUUAAACAAGAAGAGAUCUUUGACAGGUUAUUUGUUUUCUCUUUCUGGAAGUGCUAUCAAUUGGAAGGCAACAUUGGAAGCUACAGUUGCUUUGUCUACUACAGAGGCUAAAUAUAUGGCCUUAGCAGAGGCAGUAAAUGAAGUUUUAUGGUCACAAGGUUGGCGAAAGGUUGCAUCUAUCUGUAAUUAUUGUUGGAGGCUACGGCCGCCAUAUAUAGCCACAACACAAGAUGAAGCCCUUAUAGAAAUGGUAAUGGAUCCACAAAGUGAUUAG